CGGAAACAGCAGCAUUGCGGGACUCGCUCAGCCCCUGUUCCGCCAGCAGCAACUUAGCCACAACUUGCUCCGCCGCCGAAAACCUCCCGCCUGAGUCACGCUGCGGUUAUGCUGAUUCGGCGGGCAUGAGCUGCGCUGGUUGCUCUCGGGCUGCCGUAUCACACUCUCAAUCGUUUCUUUGUCCUGCUUUUUCAAGAGGGACUGCGUACAUCUGAUGCGAGCACGACGCGUUACCGCUGACGACUGAACGACCGCGGCACGCUGCGAAAGAAGUGAACGGAUGCUAACUCACGCACGCACACACACACACACGCACACACCUGGAUUUGCUGCAUCCGCAAUGAUACAAGCGUGACUCUUCGCUGCUAACCGGAGCGCGUGCCUUUCCCUCCUCCACAUCCACCUCCUCCUUUCGUGACUUUUCCCCCGACUGCUCCAUCGGUAUUUUCCCAGCGGAAGUCCAACUCGUCUGACGAUGGAGCUACGCAGCUUCUUCAGCACCAUGGACACCGCCAGACUGGUCCUCUGCUUGCUCGGCACCGUGACACGACUCGUGGUGAUGGCCGAGCAAGAAAGUGAGAAUCUGUCAGGACUGUCCAACAACCCGGACAAAGACAUAUUUGCCGUCCGGGAGAACGGCACUACUUGUUUGAUGGCUGAGUUUGCAGGCAGAUUCGUGGUACCUUACGAUGUGCUCGCACUGAACGGCAUAGAUCUAAUUACAGAAACGGCAAGCGUGACUCUACCCCGGGGGGCUGGGGUUGAGGGGAGGUGCGGACCUAACGAAGCGGAGCUUCACAUCUUCUGGGCAAACAACGCCUACAUCUUCCGCCUCUUCUUUGUAAAGGAAACGCGCCAUGCAAAAGAUGCGAAUCAAAAGGAAAGCGAGAUAUGGAAAAUUAACAAGGUCCAAUUGGUCUAUGAUACGUCGGAGACUACGCAUUUUAUCAAUGCAUACAACCCUGGGAAGCACACAGCCAACUCACACAAAUUGUCUGCCUUCGUGACCCCGCGGGGCCGCUCGUACGUGUGCGCGGCCCAGCAGACCCUCACGCUCCUCUCCACCGACCACCAGAAGGGCGUCACCAUCAUCAUGUCCGACAUCCACAUCCAGCCCUUCGACAUCCAGAGCGACUUCUUGUUCAGCGAUACGUAUAAGUGCAUCACGGACCAGCACGAGCAGCUGGAGGAGACCCUGCCCCUGGUGCUGGGGCUGGUGCUGGGCCUGAUCAUCGUCAUCACGCUGGCCAUCUACCACUUCCACCUCAAGCUGACCGCACAGGAGCCACAGCUGCCCCGAGACCGCUCCCUCUACAAGAACAUGUGAAGGAGGCGACCGCCCAGGCCACCGCAGCCGCUACACACACGUGUGAAGGACUCCACUUUCUCUCUCUCUCUCUCUCUCUUUCUCUCUCUCUCUCUCUCUCUCUCUCUCUCAAUCUCUCUCUCUCUCUCUGCCUCUCUGUCUGUCACCAAAGGGCCGCUAAUUUGACCAGGUCAGACCCAAACGCACAAGAUGGUGACCAGAGUUAGCGGCCUUCUGGCCCCCCCUCAGCCCCCCAACACACACACACACACACACACACACACACACACACACACACACACCGUACACAUCAAGAAGAACUCUUUCAGUUGCUGUUUGUUUCUCGGGCCCAUCCGCUCAGUCGCUGUUCCGUCCGUCCAAACUGACCGUCCUCGGUGUCCGGUGAAAGAGCCUCGUCCGCGUCAUCCUGUUCUCUCUCCCAUCCGUAACGUACUCUAGUGAUGAAAUGUAUGUGUGUGUGUUCUGUAGACGACUUUUUAUCAAGAGUUGAUUUGACAUUCCAUUACAUGUUGCUUCCUGGCCUCACCAUGUGAAGAACAUGCUAGACUAUGCUGGUAACACGUCGUGACGUAAAGACAAGGGAAGGAAAAGCUCUUGUGUGCUGGUGAUGAUCGGGAGAGAAGUGACAUGAAGUUGUGGGCUUUAAGGAUAAGGGUGAGAAUGUUUACGUGAGAGUAAAUUAUUUUCUGAAUUUCUAUGCAUUCAGAGGAGCCAUGAAGGACGAAAUAAAGGAUUCUGUGUGUGUCCAUUCCUCUAAUUGUGAUGUCAUUUGUAUAAAGUGAAGACACCAAUAAAAUAUUUAUUUAA